AUGGCAUGCUCCUCAACAUUUCGUUUCGAAAGCAAAGUUAUUAUCUUAAUGACAAAAAAUUAUUUGUCUAACAUGGACAUCCGUCUAUUCAAUUCAAAAAUUGAUAAUAUCCAAUCAAGUUGGUGCCAAUUACCAUCGAUACGUGGUGAAAUGAUGUUCACCUAUGUCAGGUUUUCUAUCAAGUUUCAUUUCCAAACGCAUAGUUCGGAAGGAAUAAUUCGUAUUUCUCUAUUAUUUUCUAACCCUAUAAACCACUGUUUACAAACGGCUUUUUCCAUUCCAAAAACAGUAAUAUUCCAUGUUUUCUUCCAACAAGAUGCCGCAGAAAGAUGUCUGCAGCUAAACAUUUACAUUUUAUACACUGUGUUUUCUGUUAGAGCCCUUGACAAUGGUGACUUAUUUCUAUUUUACAAACGAACACUAAAUGGGAAGUAG